AUAGUCGGCCACGCUGUGGAAAAAAUCUCAACAAAAAAAAUUAAGGAAAAUUGUAUUUGCCAAACAAAAAGAAUUGAAAAGAAAGUUCGUAAGUGAGCCAUCGAGUUGUGCUGUGUGCAUACCAACAACAACAACAACAAUUUUGGUUUCUUCAAACCGUGCUAGACAAAACUAGACUAAGGGCGACACUUCCCCCUUCCCCCCGCUGUUCCAACAACAAUUCAACAUGGCCGAGGACUUUGAUGUCGAAGCAAUGCUGGAAGCGCCGUAUCAAAAAAACAACGUCAGUGCGGGCAGCACGGGACGUGGAGGACGCGGUCGCAGCAGCGGCGGCAGUGAGAGCGCCGGACACGAUGACAACGAUGAAGAUGAACAACGCUAUGCGAAUAGGGAAAACGGUACUCGCUCCUCGAAUGGCAGCAAAAAGCGCAGUCACCGAUCACGCAGUCGCAGCGGAUCGCGUGAUGCUAAACACAGACGCUCCAAGGAUCGGGAACGCGAAAAGGAGCGCAGUAACUAUCGCGACAAGGACAGGGACAGGGGGGACAAGGACAGGGAUAGGGAACGGGAACAGCGCGAACAUCGCUAUAACCAUCGCGAUGGCAAACGCAGCAGUCGCUCGCGCGACGAACACCGUCCCAGCGAUGAGAGCAGCAGCAGACGCGCCAGCGGACGCAGCGAAUCGCAUCGGGAUCAUCCCUCACGAGAUCGUCGCGGCAGCAGCAAGACAAGCAACCUGGAACGCAAACGCAGUCGUUCCCGGGACAGACGUCGACGCAGUCGCUCUCGCGACACGCAGCGCAAGCCACGCAUCAGUCCAAUACGCGAACGUCGACGCAGUCACUCGCGUUCCAGAGACACCAACAGUCGCCGUCGCACCAGCUACUCACCGCGAUCAUAUGGCGGACGUGGACGUGGCGGUGGCGGUGGUAAUGGUGGCGGUGGAGGUGGUGGCACUGGCAGUGGCAGAUCACCGCCGAAUGGCGUCGGGGAUCGUACACCGCCCACCGAGCUGAGUCCCGAGGAGCGUGAUGCACGCACCGUUUUCUGCAUUCAACUGUCGCAACGUGUACGCGCCCGCGACCUUGAGGAGUUCUUCUCCAGCGUGGGCAAGGUGCGAGAUGUUCGACUGAUAACGUGCAACAAGACUAAACGCUUCAAGGGCAUCGCCUACAUUGAGUUCGAGGAUCCCGAAUCUGUUGCUCUUGCCCUGGGCUUAUCCGGCCAGCGGUUGUUGGGUGUACCGAUCAUGGUGCAACAUACCCAGGCCGAGAAGAAUCGUUUGCAGAGUGCACCGCCACCGUUCCAACCCAAGUUGCAUACGGGUCCCAUGCGCCUCUAUGUGGGUUCGCUCCACUUCAACAUCACCGAGGACAUGUUGCGCGGCAUCUUUGAGCCCUUUGGCAAAAUCGAUGUCAUCCAGCUGAUCAUGGACAAUGAGACGGGUCGCUCCAAGGGCUAUGGCUUUAUAACGUAUCACAAUGCUGACGAUGCCAAGAAGGCACUGGAACAAUUGAAUGGUUUUGAGCUCGCCGGUCGUCCCAUGAAGGUGGGCAAUGUGACCGAACGGCUGGACAUGAACACCAGCUCGCUGGACACUGAUGAAAUGGAUCGAAGUGGCAUUGAUCUCGGCGCUACGGGACGAUUGCAGCUCAUGUUUAAACUUGCCGAGGGUGCGGGUCUGGCUGUGCCCCAAGCUGCAGCGAAUGCGCUGCUGGCGACGGCACCUCAACCGGCGCCGAUGCAACAUGAACAGCAGACACCAUCGAUAGCGACACAGUGCUUUAUACUGUCCAAUAUGUUUGAUCCGCGCACCGAAACGAAUCCCACCUGGGACACUGAGGUGCGCGACGAUGUGCUUGAAGAGUGCACUAAACAUGGCGGCGUGUUGCACAUACACGUGGACACCGUCUCGGCAACGGGCACCGUUUACGUUAAGUGUCCUAGCACGGCGACGGCUGUGUUGGCUGUGAACUCGCUUCACGGACGUUGGUUUGCCGGACGUGUCAUAACGGCGGCGUAUGUGCCCCUCAUCAACUAUCACUCCAUGUUUCCGGAUGCAAUCAGUGCCGUCGACUUGAUUGCAUCCACGCGCAAGAACACCGACGAUUAAUGGAGCUCAUAGUUGGUGGAUGGAUGAUUGAUGCGAUAUCGAGCAUCAGCAUCAAAAUAUAUAUUGUUAUUAUUCGUUAAACAAAAACAAUUUAAUUUUGUCAUAAUUGUAACAUUUUUUUGAAAGACUCCGAAUUUUAUGUAAAUGGUCCGCAAGCUGAAUGAAAAAUGGGGCACAUCCAAAUACAAUUACAUUACAAUUAAAGAUAUAUAUACAUAUAUAUCAUAUAAUUAGGCAUUCCUAACACGCCAAAAACAAAACAAAAAUCAUUUGGAUUUUAACUCAAAACUAUUUGCGAAAAAAACCUCCCAACUUAUCAAUUUAUAUAUUUUUUCCUUUUUUUAAUGCGUAAAUAAUUUAGACAGCGCUACAUAUUUACAAAUGUAAAAUGCUAUGUAAACAACAAAAGAAACAUAUUUUGUAGACAAAAAAAAACAUCAAAAAUAAAAA